CUCCGGAGGAUAUCCUCGUCCACUGCCUCAUAUCACUUCCAUUACUACCCUGUUUCGUCAGCAUCUGCGACACCAAACACACUCAACCGCAAAUCAUAAAAUAUCGGACCCUGGCAUAACCCUCCAAUACAAUGCCUCCAAAUGCUCACAGACAGCAAGACGCCUUCGGAAAUCUGGCACGAGCUGCUCACUUGAGUCGCUCUCCACUUUGAUGCUGCGCUCAACGUCUGGGUACCAUGUUUGAUCCUGGCAGUCCGAAGGGGCGUGUGGCCUUCAUGCGUAAACUGCUUCCACUACUUCUCCUCUCAAUUCCCGUUCUUUUUCAUAUUCUCCUUUAUUUUGCCUCUUUUUAAAUUAAGUUGUAUUGGGCGGGUUUCCAUCAUCUUUUUAAAUUCUUCUUUCCCACUGCCCUUUUUUGUUUCCGCCGCGCAUUUUCUUUCAACAGAGACUCUACCACUCAUUAUUUUAUCAUAAUAUACCACCUGGUGUGGCUCUUUUCUAGCGGAUCGUUCUUUUUCAAAAAUACCCGGCAAUCAUGCAUGCCUUAAUCCAAAGUCUCCUCCUCCUCCUGUUAGCCUCACUAUCUCUGGCUGCCCCUCCUCAACCUUCACGCGUACAAAAGCGAGGAGUUUUCAAAGUCGAGAGAGUACCAAACCCCAACUAUGUUCGAAGCCCCGGUGCUGGGACAAGAGCCUUGAUCAAGGCACACAUGAAAUACAAGGUUCCUCUUCCCGAAGGAUUGGUGGCAGCAAUGGCGGCUGCAGGUGGACCAGAGGCACCGCCAAUGCCAAUUAGAGUAAGGCAAGGUGUUGCAGCACCAACUGGAACUGCAACACCAGGUGCCGGUGGAAAAACUGGCAAGGUCGUAGCUGUUCCUGAGAAAGGGGACGUCGAGUAUUUGUCACCAGUAGAAAUCGGUGGUCAGACUGUGAUGUUGGAUUUUGACAGUGGAUCCUCGGAUCUUUGGGUUUUCAACAACCAGCUUCCUGCGGCACAACAGGCUGGUCACAAAGUUUUCGAUAUAACGAAAUCAACCACAUUCAAGAUGAUACCCGGUGCCACUUACAAAAUUUCCUACGGAGAUGGAUCAGGAACUUCCGGAAACGUCGGUACCGAUGUUGUCAAUAUCGGAGGAGCAGUUGUUCAAGAGCAAGCAGUCGAACUAGCCACGGCCGUAUCCCAGUCGUUCACUCAAGAUAAUGCCUCUAAUGGACUUCUCGGUCUUGCUUUCACUAAACUCAACACCGUCAAGCCAACCCAGGUAAAGACAUGGUUUGAUAACGUCAUGCCCCAGCUCGCCAUGCCAGUCUUCACUGCCGACCUUCGAAAGAACGCAGUGGGUGCUUAUGAGUUCGGAGCCAUUGACUCUACUAAAUUCAACGGCACUAUGCAAUGGGCUCCCGUCAACACCACCAACGGCUUCUGGCAGUUCUCCACUUCCUCCUUCCAAGUUGGAACUGGGGCCCCAAUACAAUCUCCCGGUGCCCAGGCCAUUGCUGAUACCGGAACCACUCUCAUGCUCACCUCCGCUGCCGUUGUCAACGCCUAUUACAGCCAGGUCCAGGGCGCAGUCAACGACCAAAGGGUCGGUGGUGUUACAUUCCCUUGCAAUACUGUCCUCCCAGACAUGAAAUUCGACGUUGGUGGAGCCUACAUGGCAACAGUUCGAGGUUCCGAUAUUAACUUUGCCCAAGUUGACAACACUGGAAAAAGUAAGUUUCCUCUCAUCCGUUCAGUUGGCAAACAAGCUAACUUACAUCUUUAGCCUGCUUCGGUGGUAUCCAAGCAAUCAACUCCAACCUCCAAAUCUACGGAGAUAUCCUGUUCAAGUCCCAAUUCGUUGCUUUCAACGGUGGUAACAACUCCCUCGGAAUGGCACCCCACCAGUAGAUUCCGCAGUCUUGUUAUUUACUCAAAAUAAUACCACGUCUUCCCAUGUAUAUAGUUACCUACCCUCAUGAUCACAGAAUACGGUGGAGGCAUGCUCGCAAGGGUGAGAAUAUUUA